CUGCCACUCGUUCUCUGUGCGUGCCGUCUGUAGUGAAACCAGACCUACCUCUGAUCACGCUCCCCUCCAUCCGCUGCCUGCUGAGUUCAUUCACGGAGGUCAGGAGGCUGUGAUGUGGAACCUGUGGGAUUAAAAACUUCAGGCUCGGCAGCGACGGCGAUGGACCGGAGCCAGGAGAGAAGAGACUCCUGAGAGGAAGAUCUGCAUCCUCUCUCUUUUGGCUUGAACGUCUUGCGUUGUUUCCACGUCCGGACUUUGCGCGCAGCUCAUGUUGGUGGCGAGCGAUGCGGAUCUGAGCAAACCGAGCGCCCCGAUGCCCGCCGCCAUGCUCCCGUGCCCAGCGCCGGCCGGGUCAGACUGGAGUUUCCAGAACCCGGUGGGGGUGGACUGCAGCUCCCCCGAGCCUCGCUGCAUUUGGCUGGCGGUUCUCCGCGGAACCACCGGCCCGUCGCCACCCCCGACGCCACCCACCAUGCCCACCGCACAGCCCAGGGCUAAGGGGCGGAGGGAUGGUCUCUCCUCAGCCGGUGACAACCCUCGGCCGCCGAUGGCGACCCGGCCGGGAAGAGAGGGGGUCGGCGUGGGCUGGAAGGGUCCCCGGACGCUGGUCCUCCAUAAGAACUCCCAGGGCUUCGGUUUCACGCUCCGCCACUUCAUCGUUUACCCUCCAGAGUCCGCCCUGCACACCAACCUCAAGGAUGAGGAGAACGGUAACGGAAAGGGUUAUCAGAAAGGCCGACUGGAGCCCAUGGACACCAUAUUUGUGAAGAACGUGAGAGAAAAAGGCCCGGCCCACCAGGCGGGUUUGUGCACAGGGGAUCGGCUGGUGAAAGUGAACGGAGAGAGUAUACUGGGAAAGACGUACUCGCAGGUGAUCGCCCUCAUUCAGAACAGUGAGAGUGUGCUGGAGCUCUCCAUCAUGCCAAAAGACGAAGACGUGCUUCAGUUGGCGUACUCCCAGGAUGCCUACCUGACGGGUAACGAACCGUAUGCCGGGGGAGCCGAGAACCUCCCACCACCGCCUCCCCUCUGUUACCCCCGCACCAAGACCACGCCCCUCGCUGGAGCCCCGCUGUCUGCCCCCAUGGGCCAGAACCAGCUGGAUAACUGGAGUCGCUGGCCAGGCUCUUCCAGCCCUUCAUCCCCUUUGGACAACCGCUCUGCUGUGGGCAGCCCCGCCAGCUGGCAGGAGGGGCGGGCGGGCGAACCCGGCGGCGUGGGUCACAGCAGCCCAGCUCACCGCACAGAGGAGAUCCAGUACGGUAUGACCAGCCAGCAGCCGCAGGGUCAGACCAGGGGGCGCUCCUACUCGUCUUCUUCCUCUUCAGGAGGCCCCCUGUCCAGCCCGCUGCAAGUCCACUACCCCAACCACCACGGUGCCAGCUCCUCGCAAGCUCAGCCACGUAAGUCCAGCUCGGCCUGGACCAGUCCCCCCCUGCCCCAGAGUGGCCCCGGCCGCUCCGAGCGCUGCCAGCAGGCCCUGUCAGACUGGUACUACAGCCAGCUGCCGGAGCGCUCAGGACGCAGCAUGCAGACCCGCCACCGCAGCUACUCUCAAGACCGGCUCAGUGAAUCAAGGAGGCAGCAGCAGCGGUCAGGUGGCUGGCCACACAGCGCCUCCCAGGACACUCUGCUUCUACUGCAGCAGUCCGGACCAGGGCCGCAUGGUGAACCCUACUGGUCGUACGGAGACUGGGAGGGGGGUCCAGGUCGGGGCCACCAGUCUUCUAACUACACUCGAACACGCUCUGAGAAUUUGCUCGCCCAGUACGAUCGCCACGGCCGCUCGUUGGAGAUGUUGGACCGAGCAGCAUCAGGACUGGUCUCGCCUCGGUUUGAGAGGCCUUCGUGGCUCCAGCAGGCUCCCCAGCCGCCCCCCAGGACUGACGCCUACCCGAGGCAGGGGAGCCAUUUUGGUGCAGCACAAGCUCCUCCGGUGUCCCGGCCAUCGCAUUCAAAACAUCACCCCCAGACCCAGACCCAGACCCAGCAGGCGGCCCCUCAGAGCAGGCGGCUACCUCCGGGGCAGAGCAUGGAUGACCAGCCGGUGGGCUACCGCAGCUACAGCCCCUCUUUCUACCGCAAAACGGGCCGCAUCAUGCAACAGGCUCACUCUUUCAGGGACCCUUCGUACUCUGGCCCCCACUUGAACUGGAACCCAGCACCUGCGGACGGCACGCCGGCACCCAUCACCACCUCCACUGCGUCCCCCCUCGCCUCCGCAAACCCCGAGUCCCAGGACAGAGCGUACAGGCCCACCAACCACGAGAGAGAACGAGGGGCUUCGGAGGCAGAGUUGGCGGCGCAGACCCAAGAGGUGGUGAUGAGGCAGAAACCCCCCACCGGGCGGAGGAACGCCCACGGCAUGCGUCACCCCCACUACGCCCUGCCUAUGGACGGGCUGGAACCCUCUUUGUUUUCUCCUGAUCCCAAAGACUCGGCCCCCGCCCCCGGUUCCACGGGAGACGUAGCCCCACGCAAACCAAACGGCAACCUCGCCCCCCUACCCAUAGAGGACGACUCUCUGGCCUCCAUCCCCUUCAUAGACGAGCCGACCAGCCCCGGCGCUGACUUACGCGCCCGCCACGUGCCGGCGUCCUCGGUGGUGUCCAGCGGCAUGAGUUCGGCGCCCGCCGUGGUCACCAGCCCCGCCUCCCCCACCUUCACCUUCCCCCUCACUAGGCUCUUCUCACACGACUGCACCAUCACCACCGAGCGCUCCAAGUCGUGCGACGAAGGACUCAACACGUUCAGAGAGGAAGGACGAGUCCUGAGGCUGCCAAAAAGAGUGAAGAGUUUCUUCACAGAUGGGUCUCUGGACAACCUCGGUACAGCAGAGGAGGUUCGCUCCAAACGUCACUCCACCUCAGAGCUGGGAAACAUCACCUACAGCGACGUCCGGCGAGAAGGAUGGCUGCACUUCAAACAAAUCCUCACAGAGAAGGGCAAGAAGGUGGGCAGCGGCAUGCGUCCUUGGAAGCGAGUCUUUUCCGUUCUUCGCUCCCAUUCGCUGUUCCUCUACAAGGACAAGAGGGAAGCGGUGCUCCGAGGGGCGACGAUCGGAGGCUCGGCCGAGGACGAGCAGCCGAUCAGCAUCCGGGGCUGCCUGGUGGACAUCGCGUACAGCGAGACCAAGAGGAAGCACGCCCUGCGACUGACCACCCAGGACUUCUGCGAGUACCUGCUGCAGGCGGAGGACCGGGAGGACAUGCUGGACUGGAUAAAGGUCAUCAGGGAGAACAGCAAGACGGACAGCGAGGAGCUUGGCUUUUCCAGACAGGCCCUCAUCAAUAAGAAGCUCAAUGAUUACAGAAAACAAAGCCCAACGUCCAGCAAGCCAGACUCGUCUCCCAGGAUGCCGCGGAUGAAGCCUCAAUUCCUGCUCAACAAGACGGAGAACGCAGCCGGAGCGCCACGGUCCCCGAAACCAGAAGGCAAAGAUGAGAGCAGCCCUCCAAAGUCUCCGUGGGGAAUCAACAUCAUGAAGAAGACAAAGAAGGCCGGGCCCAAAGCUUUCGGUGUGCGGUUAGAGGAAUGUCAACCUGGUGCAAAUAACAAGUUCAUCCCCAUGAUAGUGGAGAUCUGCUGUGGCCUGGUGGAGGAGAUGGGUCUGGAAUACACCGGAAUCUACCGAGUCCCCGGGAACAACGCCAUGGUGUCGCUGCUUCAGGAUCAGCUCAACAAGGGCGUGGACAUCAACCCUGCAGAGGAGAAAUGGCAGGACCUCAACGUCGUCAGUAGUUUACUCAAAUCUUUCUUCAGGAAACUCCCAGAGCCACUUUUCACAAACGACAAGUACAACGACUUCAUCGAUGCCAAUCGGAUGGAAAGCGCCUCAGACAGACUAAAGACCAUGAAGAAGCUGAUCCGAGACCUCCCAGAUCAUUAUUACCACACGCUCAAGUUCCUGGUCGGUCACCUGAAAACUGUAGCCGACAACUCAGAUAAAAACAAGAUGGAGCCUCGUAACCUGGCUCUGGUGUUUGGGCCGACGCUGGUUCGGACGUCCGAGGACAACAUGAAAGACAUGGUCACGCACAUGCCUGACCGCUACAAGAUAGUGGAGACGCUCAUCCAACAUUGCACCUGGUUUUUCACUGAAGAGCUGGACAAGGAUGAGAAGACGCCGGUGGACACGGAGGACGUGCAGCCGGCCCCCAACAUCGACCACCUGCUGUCCAACAUCGGCAGGACCGCUCUGCUCGGGGAGGCCUCAGACUCAACCAACAGUGACUCAGCUAAAUCAAAGGGGUCGUGGGGGUCGAAGAAGGACCUGACAGCCAAGGACUUCCUGACUCUGUCCAUCAUGUCGGCUGUUACGGGCCGCAAACGCAGGAAGCGCCACAACGCCCGCCGUGUGGGCAGCAGCACCGACGAUGACUCCGAGCAUGAGCCAAUCAAAGCUGGGCAUCUGGGGGCGGAGGAGGAAGAGGAGGCAGAGUCGCCGGUAGGAGACACUGCCCCUCGAGCAGAGGGAGAGGAGGACGACGAUGAGGAGGAAGAGGAAGAGGAGGAGGAAGACGAGGAAGUUGUAGAGAGCGGAGUGAAAGCAGAGGUCGAAGAGGAGGAGGAGGAGGAGGAGGUAGUGGUUAUUCCCAGUGGGCCACACUGCAAGGAGGAAGAGGAGGCGGGAGGAAGGCUACAUGAGGAGGAGGUGGAGGAGGAGGAGGAGGAGGUAGUGGUUAUUCCCAGUGGGCCACACUGCAAGGAGGAAGAGGAGGCGGGAGGAAGGCUACAUGAGGAGGAGGUGCAGGCGGAGGUCAAGGGGCCGCGGUGGCGAGCUCCAGAGGACGCUCGCUCCAUCGUUUCUGGUUACUCCACGCUCUCCACGUUGGGGCGGAGCUUAGGGUCGGAGGGGAGGGGGGACGAUGCUGAUGAUGAGCACAGUGAGCUGGUGAGCGAGACGGACAAUGAGAGCGGCUUCGCCUCGCGCUCCCUCACCCAGGAGAGACCCGAUAAACACCCAGUACCACCUGUCAACACCCAACCGCCAGCAGCCCCCCGCAGCUUCCUCUACUCCCACUACAAACCCCCUGUUCUCUCACCCACAAACCUUUUAGCCCCACCCACCCAGCUCACCCCGGACUCUGCAGAGAGGAAUGAAGGAGGUGCUCGCUCCACCACACCUUCAUCCUCCUCCUUCUCCUCCUCCUCCACCACCCACAAACUGCACUCGCGGCCUUCCUUCAACUCCCACAAGCUGAUCCAGUGCGACACUCUGGCCAGGAAGAAGCUGAAGUCGGAGAAGGCCAAGGCUCGCUCCCUGGACCUGUUGGAGCUCCCUGGGGCCGAGGGGACGGGCUCCGGGUCCGAAGGUGCAUCCAGACCGAGGAGCUCCAGGACCAACCCUUCCUCAGGUAGCAGCCAGGAGAGCCUGCGGCCGGCUCGACCCAAACCAGCCCUGCCGCCCAGCGAGGCCGCCUCCUUCACCCCUACCGGUCCCGGCGGCAGGUCUUUGGCCGACCACGUUCGCGCUCGACUGCUAGGCUCAGCCGACGACCUGCGCAGCGUUGGACUACGAAAACCGCUGUCACCCGAGACUCGCAGGAAGAGACGGGCUUGGCGAAGGCACACCGUGGUGGCCUCCCCAACUGAGACGUCCGACAAGAGACCCCCGCUGGCUGUCAACGAGUUCCCCUUGUCUCCCAUUAAUCAAAACCAGGUAAAAACACAAGGGCUGCCUCGGGAUGCAGACGGGCUUGAACAAGGACCCGCUACACGUCAAGCACCCACCUCUAGAUUCCACCAGUACCUGUGAGCCCUGCCAGCUGACCCCAACCACCACUCCCAGGAAAGAGGCCGACUCUGAGGGGGGUCCAGCCAAGCUGCUGACUCCCUGCAGGUCAGUCGCUUCACAAAGGUGGACAGGUCAAAAACAAUAAACCUUUUCUUUCUGAUGAGCUCCAUUUGCAUGGCAAGGGGCAUUCCAGUGUUGCCAAAGCUUUUGUUUUCCUUUUGCUAUACGUGUGCUUUUAUAGAAGUGAUACAGAGACACAAACAGACCUCAUCACAGUCCACGUUACAGCCAAGAAUUCUCACUUGAGUAAUAACCGAGCAUCCUUCCCGUCGUCUCUUCCUUCUCGUCUGGCUCACGGGUGACAUAAAUUCAAGGGUUAAUCCCUUCAAGUAACCGGAGGCGGAUGCUGAAGCGCAGCCUCCCUCUGGUUCUUGAGAGAAUGGUGCUUCUUGUCAAAGUGGGGUAACAAUUUCAAAAUGUUCCGAAACCUCCUUCAGUGAGCCACAAGUGACAGACACACACUAAUUCAGUCAUUUCAAGAGGGGAAAUCAACUGAUUUUUCACAUCAGUCUUCCUAUCAUGCUCCUCCCUCUGACCACAGACACUGUAAAACUCAGAUAUUUGACAUUUGGCCACAAAAACACAUGAAAACACAGUCGUCUGUCUCUGUACUUGUUAAUAACGUUUGUGUGUUUGCGCAACAAUAUUCGUGAUCAUGUCCGAGCGUGCAGGUGUUUGUCUUGAACAAUUUUUUGUAACAUUUGUACAAAGCCUUGUUAAGUUAACCUUGUAAAUAUAAAUAAUAUGUUAUCAUAUUUGUUUUUACUUUUUUUAGUUCCUUUUUUUUAAUGGUUUACAAAAAGUGCGUACAAGUGCACAGUCAUUUCUUUCAAGAUGUUACUUGAAAUGUUUCCCUUAAUAUAUUCUUUUUUUUGUUUUAUAUUCAAUAUAUAUAAAAAUAUAUUAUAUAUAUUUUGUAUUAAAGUAAAAAAAAUAAACUUUUAUUGUGAUUUCACCUCUUGGGCGUACCUGUUCAAAGGAGACGAGAUAAACGUGUCUGAACCUGUUCCUUAUUUCCUCAUAGAUGGCCUUUCUCUUUUUAUUCACAGCACUGUGCAGAAAACCUUUAUCUCAUGAGAUAUGAUUAUCUAGUGAGGAUACUUUCAAUAAAGUUGCAUCAACAAGUGCAUAAAACGAUCUACAUGUAGCAAGUUGUGAAAUGUAAUCUGGUAAUUAUUACAUUAUAUUGGAGGGUUUGCAGGCAGCUCAGCGCACCGUGACGGCUGACCUCCUCAUUUGUUUUGUUUUUCAUGUCUGGGAUUACUGAGCAUCGCCUCCACAGAUCUCCUCGUAUUCACUGAGCUCAAUGCAAAGUGUGUUCCCUCUCGUAACGGUGCCCGACGGUGUUUAACAGACCGCUAAAACACGGCACACGAACAUUUCCACCUCUGCCGUUUGGGAUCUUUGUGUUUUCAGCACAUGCCCUCUGGAGGGUUCAUCUGUCAGCACAUUUAUUACCUUGGGGUUACAUGAUGUGGGGGGAGUUUUCCAUAAGGUCAGGUUCUAAUAAAUGCUCCCUGACUUGAGGGGGGGGAAACGGUACAUAGGAGGAAAUGAAAGCAGAAUGUCGUAAAUCCAUUGUUUCGCUCUCGUCUUGACCGAUCCGCCGUCACAUCAUAACACAAACAGGAGGUGUGACCCCAGAGGUCAACAGACACUCGCUUGUUUCCAUCUGACCAAAUAACCCGGCGACGAAAGAGUAACGAUAAUAAUAAAUAAGUUCUAGUCUUGUCUUACCUCAAGAUUUUUUCUACAAGUGCCUGAUUUCUGGAAUGUGUUUUUGUUCUGCAGUGCCAUGCUCGGUUCUUAUCUUUCUGUUUCCUUUUGUUAUUUCUGGGUCUCCUCCCUCCUCGACUGCGGUUAAUGGUAAGGCACUGACCCAAAGAUGUGUACAUUUAAAUACAACUGAGAGGCUGUAAUAAAAAAAAAAAAGAAGAAAGGAAGAAAAGCACACUUUAAGCCAAGGACACGUCUAUGCACUCUCUUUGCCUUCAACAGAGGCAUUAACAGCUAUUACUGUUGCUGCUAAGAGGGAAAAGGCGUCGUAUUCUCUCAGCUGCUUUUUCUUAACAAACUGAGGUCAUCUCUCUUUUGCCUAGUAAUCCACCGUGUGUGUGAAUAAUGGUACACCUAACAAGCCCGACCCUGAAACCGCAUUAGGUCAUGCCAGACAACAUCCAAUUUCCUCAAGAUGAACAAAAAAAAACAGCCCAUCAAAAGGAAAACCUCAAGAGUUGAUGUCUGAAAUGUGAUUUUACCUAAUGUCUCGUUGUUGUAUUUUAAAAUCUUCUUUUUGUACAUACUAUCUUAAUAUGUAACAUAUUGUAUUGUGUACAUUUGGAAUUGCUUUCGAGUAUAACUAAUAUGAAAAUGACUGGACUAAAAAAAAAAAAAAAAGGUUGUCCGCCUGAAAUCCUUUCCUUCCCUCCCCCCAUGGCUGUGUGCUUUAAAGCAAGGUUAUAUGAUGUAAAUAAACAGAAAUAUGUUUAAAAAAA